AUGCCGGAGCUGAACUGUUCCCUCGAAGCUCUUUUCACAACCGGUGCUGCAGCCUUCAGUGACGUAGGGUGCCCCGAGUCUGCUGUGGUGUGUGGGAUGAAUAUUUCCUGGGUGUUGGCCAACGCUACAGAGGAAGAUCUGGAUGAAAUGUGUUUGAGCGAGGAAGAGUACCUGGCCAGGCACCUGGGGCCUCUGAGGUCCCCCGUGUUCUUCCCUGUCUGUGUCACCUACCUUGCCAUCUUCAUGGUGGGCGUCCUGGGCAAUUCUUUGACCUGUGUGGUCAUUUUACGCUACAGAGUGAUGCAGACGCCCACCAACUACUAUCUGCUGAGUCUGGCGGUGUCUGACCUGCUGGUGCUGCUGAUGGGCAUGCCGUUAGAGCUCUAUGACUUGUGGCAGAAUUACCCCUUCCUCCUAGGGGAGGGAGGCUGCUACUUCAAAACUUUUCUGUUUGAGACUGUCUGCUUCGCCUCAAUCCUCAACGUUACCGCACUCAGCGUGGAACGCUAUGUGGCAGUGGUACACCCUCUAAAAGUCAAACACAUGACCACACGUGCUCAUGUCAAGAGGGUAAUCUUCCUGCUGUGGGUGCUGUCCAUGCUGUGUGCUGUGCCAAACACCAGUCUGCAUGGGAUUAUGGUGUUGCCUCCAAAGUUUGGGCGACCGUUUCCACAAUCUGCUAUCUGCCAUGUGGUCAAGCCGACCUGGAUGUACAACCUGAUCAUCCUGAUUUCCACGGUGGUCUUCUUUCUGCUCCCCAUGCUGAUAAUUAGUGUUCUCUACCUCCUCAUUGGCUUGCGGCUCCACAGGGAGGGGAUAAUGACCAUGGUGGACACCAGGUGCAGCUUUGGACCGGAAAGUCUCUCAAGGUCCCAUGAGCAAAAGCUGAGCAAACGCAACGUGCAGGUCACCAAAAUGCUGUGUGUGCUGGUGGUUGUGUUCGGUCUCUGCUGGGCUCCCUUCCACGUGGACCGCUUGAUGUGGAGCUACAUCGACACCUCGUCCGAGCAGCACCUCAUGAUCUUUGAGCACGUCCACGUUGUCUCCGGCGUUUGCUUCUACCUGAGCUCCGCCAUCAACCCCAUCCUCUACAACCUCAUGUCCACCAGGUUCAGAGAAAUGUUCGGUCACGUGAUGUGUUAUUCUAACAGCUGGCCGAUGCGCUCCAGCUUACAGAUGACCCAACGCAGCACCUUGAGUGAGAAAACUCCCAGCAGUAUGAAAUGGACUUAG